CUUCUUCUUCUUUUCUUCUUCUUCCUCCCUCUCUUUACCUCUCUCUCAUUCAUCACCAUCAUCAUCAUCACUCUCUCUCUUCAUGGGGAACACCAUUUCAUGUGCACCUUCCAUUGCUUCAAGUAGAGUAGUAAAGGUUGUAUGCCUCGAUGGAAGAGUGGAGGUCUACACAAGGCCAGUCAAUGCAGCUGAACUCAUGCUAGAAAACCCCAGCCGUUUCGUCUGUGAUGCAUCCGAUCUCAAGGUGGGCCACCGGAUCCCAGGCCUAGCAGCCGACGAAGACCUCGAGCCCCGUCACCUCUACUUCCUACUCCCCAUGAACAUGCUCUACUCAGUCCUCACUCCCAUCAACAUGGCCUCUCUCUCUCACAACGCUUCCAAGGCAUUCAAACAAGGUGGGCCAUCAAAAAACAUUGGCAAGAUCUUCCCCGUCUUUGGCGACUCUUGCAUCUUCCCAUCCGAAAUCAAGCCGUCGACCGUCAAGAUCCAACAUCCCAACCCUAAUCAACGGUUCUCCAGGCAGCGAUCCUGGCGACCCGCACUGGAUACGAUCGUCGAGAGCCCGCGCAAGCUGUAACGUUGAAAUGUGGGGCCCACUAGUGACGUGUAUGUCUUUGUGUUCUUUCCUGUUGAUUUUACUGUAAUGUUGGUCAACUACAUUGACUCGUGUCUCUAAUGGAAAUUCAUGAACUUUAUUGCA